AUGGCAGCCUCCUAUAUCAGAGCAAGGAGAGUUUGUGGCCGGUUUGUGGUUUGCAGUAAGGCUUGCAAUGGACAAGCCCUCGCACUGCAUCCUGGCAGCAGGUUCUACUGGCUAGGCAGACAUCUGCAGGAGAAGUCACCAGAAAGUCUGAAAGUUGGCAAAACUGCUCUGAGUGUUGCAUUUGUGCUGGGUGGAACCUUAGGGUUAUACCACACUAUCAGGCACUACCUGCAGCAAGAGCAGCACCGUGCCGAGCAGCAGGACACGAAGCAGACUCCCAGUGCUGGCCUGUCACUCACGCUGUACCAGUAUAAGACCUGUCCGUUCUGCAGCAAAGUUCGCGCGUUCCUUGAUUUCCACUCGCUGCCUUAUGAAAUUGUAGAAGUCAACCCAGUCCUGCGGAAGGAGAUCAAGUUUUCCAACUACCGAAAAGUUCCGAUUCUGAUCGGGGAUGAUGGAGAGAAAGUGCAAAUCAAUGAUUCCUCAGUUAUCAUCAGUGCUAUAAAGACAUAUUUACUGUCAAGGCACAGAAACCUAACUCAGGUGAUAUCGUACUAUCCAGAGAUGAAAUCCAAAAACGAGAACGGGAAGGAGGUGGUUGAAUACAACAACAAGUAUUGGGUGAUGCUGGAGGACCAAGAUGAAAAUCAAUUCUACCCUACCAAGGAGGCCAGGAAGGAGGAAAUGAAAUGGCGUAAGUGGGUAGAUGACUGGCUGGUUCAUCUCAUUUCACCCAAUGUCUACCGAACACCUGGAGAAGCCUUGGAGUCUUUUGACUACAUUGUGCGGGAGGGGAAAUUUGGAACUUUGGAAGGAUUUUUUGCAAAGUAUUUUGGAGCAGCAGCCAUGUUCUUUGUCAGCAAGAGACUUAAAUCUAGACAUAAUCUUCACGAUGAUGUCCGGCAGGAUCUGUACAAGGCGGUCGAUCAGUGGAUGGCUGCCAUUGGCAAGCACAGGCCAUUUAUGGGUGGAGAGUUGCCCAACCUUGCUGACCUGGCAGUCUAUGGUGUACUUAGAGUAAUGGAAGGUUUGAAGGCAUUUGAUGACAUGAUGGCAAAUACCAAGGUCAAGACAUGGUAUAAAAGAAUGGAGGAAAACAUCCAGAAAGGACAAAUGGUUAAGCAAUAAAUCGCUGCAGUAACCACUGAGAAAAUCAUGAAAUUCCAGUUGCAUUUUACUGCUGUUAACAGUUCAGUAGAAUGAUAGGAUCUGAUGAUAACGAGAGUACUGUAAGAUGUGUGGACAAAAGAAACUGCUUUAAGAACUGCAACCACAUAAACUCAUCCUCAGUUAUUCAAUGAUAUGCUUUCACUGCAACAAAAAGAUUUAGUGCAGUGUUACAUUUAGUCUUUAAAUGUUGCUUGAAUCCAGAAUUGGGGAUUGGCCUGAUACCAGAGUAGGAAUUGGUGAAUGGAAUCUUAUUCUGUUUUGCUUUAAACUCCAGUUUCAGUAUCUUAGUGGAUGCAUGCAUAUAGGGUUUCACAUUGAUGACAGGACAAAACUACUUGGCAUCAAUGCUGCAAAGUAUAAAUGAAACUGAAAAGGCACUUGAAACGAAGACCUGUAGAAAUAAUAAAGCAAUAGCUUUAAAAAAAACAAGUUUAUCAAUUAAGCAGUGCAGUGUCUGUGAGAAUUAAGUAAAAAGCAUAGUUAAAAACUAGAUACCUCAAAUAAAUACAGGACCUACUGGGCAUACACAGCAACUUCCAAGGAGAUAACUGACAUUAUUAAUGAUUCAGGUAAAAACCAUAAAAUAUGAGCAGCAUUGAAAUAGGAGCAAAACAAGAAGGAAGCAUAUAAACAUGAAUAAUACAAUAUCCAUUUUUUUCCUUCCCUUUUAUGAUUUGAUUUAAAUGAUGUUUGUUUUACAGUUCUAAUGAAAGGUUACAUCUAAAACAAUAAUUUACGAGGAGAGCUGUCUGUGUUCCUGGCCAGCAUUUAUUCCUUAGACAGGGGCUCAGUGGUUCGCACUGUUGCCUCACAGCGCCACGGACCUGGGUUCAAUUCCAGC